AAUAAUAUAUACACAACUCUAGUUCUUUGUGGUUCUAGCAAGAACAAAGCUCAAACAAACACGGUAGUGUAGUAGUAUUGCCUCUGCUAAUGUUUUGUGCAAUUAUUUAAAACUCAAUACUAAUCUCAAAGGGCCAAUUAUCAGAAAUGUACUGCACCUUUAUUGGUGGUUCUGUUUUUUGGGGCGAAAUUAAGUGGGAGAAGGAGCGAUAAUUGCUCCCUCGUUAUAAUAACUAACUCAGGAAACAAAAUCUUUCAGAAUCUUCCAGAAUCAAUACCAUAGCUUGAUACGGUAAAUUACAUAAAUUUCACAAAUCUUCAGUUACACUCACAUCACAUCGUGACAUUACCACGUUUCAAAAAUUUGAAAUCCUGAACGCUGAGAGAAUUAGGGUUGAUGGCUUUAACCGAAACGACGUCGACGAUGGAGGUGGAAGCCGUGAAGUGCUACUGUUGCGGGUUAACGGAGGAGUGCACUCCGUCGUAUAUUGAUCAUGUUCGCGAGAAAUACCAGGGUCGUUGGAUUUGUGGGCUAUGUGCAGAGGCAGUGAAAGAAGAAGCUUUGAAAUCAAAGAGAGAUAUUAGCACCGAUGAAGCCCUUAAUCAACACAUGAAUUUCAGAACUUUAACUUCAAGUCCUCCUAAUAAACCUACGGUUGAUUUGAUUCUUGCGGUGAAACAUCUACUUUUUCGAUCUUUGGAUUCUCCGAGGAAACAACCUUUGAGUUAUCGAACUGUUGGUAGAUCGCAAGAUAGCUGUUUUUCUACAACAGCACAGGGUUAUAAGGUUUAAUUAUGCUAAUUAUUGUUUAUGUUUUUUCUAAUGAAUGAUCAGUGAACAAUUUAUGAUGAUUGUUGGUACGACUCUUCCUUCCUUGACUUCAAUUUACACAUGUCACUUUUCUGUUUGAUUCAA